CGCACCCCCCGCCCGGCGGGGAACCCUUCCCGGCCAUGGUGCGCUGCUGAGCGCGGCCCCCGGGGCCAACGGGGCGGACCAUGAACCUGGUGGGGGGCUACCAGCACCACCACCACCACCACCAUCACCACCACAUGCUGCACGACCCUUUCCUCUUCGGGCCGGCGGCUCGGUGCCACCAGGAGCGAGCCUAUUUCCCCGGUUGGGUGCUCAACCCCCCCGAGGUCACCCCGGAGCUCCCCGGGCAAAGUCCAAGCUACGGUCCCGCCGAGUACGGCCCGGCCGGCCAAGGGAGGCUGGAAGCUCUCAACGGUCGCCUGGGACGGAGGAAAGGGGUCGGGGGACCCAAAAAAGAACGGCGGAGGACGGAGAGCAUCAACAGCGCCUUCGCCGAGCUCCGCGAGUGCAUCCCCAACGUGCCCGCCGACACCAAGCUCUCCAAAAUCAAGACCCUGCGCCUGGCCACCAGCUACAUCGCCUACCUGAUGGAGGUGCUGGCCAAGGACAGCCAGCCCGGGGACACCGAGGGCUUCAAAGCCGAGCUCAAGAAGGCCGACGGGAGGGAGAACAAGAGGAAAAGGGAGACGCAGCCCGAGGUCUAUUCGCAGCCUUUGGGCCACGGCGAGAAGAAGCUGAAGGGCCGGACGGGUUGGCCCCAGCAGGUCUGGGCUCUGGAACUGAACCCCUGAGGGCUGCCCCCACUUCUCCCCCUCCAUCUUCCCCGGCCCCGACGGCUCUUCCCCGCUCGCCCUUCCAUGUGCAAUGUCGGGGAGAGCCCGGCCCGGCUCCCGCAGCGCAUCCAGCCGCAGGAUGCGGGUACCCGGCCCGGUUCCCCCCCACCCGCCGAGACGGAUGCUCCGCGGGAGACAAGCGAAGGGCGCCUUGCGGGGCCGGAUCCUGCCCGCCCCGUCGGGGGCCGUUUCCCUCCUCGCCCCCUUUCCCCGUUUGCAAUACUCGUUGCUCCUUCCCUUUGGCAGCAGCGACCGGCGGCUCCCGCCUUCCCGGGCCGGGCUGAAACGGUUGGAUUCGUUUUUGCUGUUGUAAAUACGAGCCCUUGUCCCCCGUUAUCCCCCGUUAUCCCCCGUUAUCCCCCGUCCGCUGCCUGACCGACGUGUGGCUGCGGUGAAACUACCUAGAGGUGCAUUUGGGAACACUCCUGUGCCGGGUUUUCUACCUCAGAUCUGCAUGACCACUUCCCGAGGGACCGGGCGCGCCACACCACAUAUUUAAAACGGAAUAAUUAAAAAAAAAAAUUAAAAAAUAAAAUAAAAAAUUAAAUACAAUAAAAUUUUAAACUUUAUGCAAA